AUGGCACCACCCGCCAAACGCAGAAAAACGGCCAAAGUCGAAUCCCUCACCUUCGACCCCGCCGCGCGACAGGAAUACCUUACCGGCUUCCACAAGCGCAAACUGCAGCGGAAAGAGAAUGCACGCGAGCUGGCCGUGAAGCGGGAGAAGGAGGAGAGGGUGCGGGAGAGGCGACAGCUACGAGAGCAGAGGAAGGAAGAUCUGGAAAAGCAUGUUGCGCAGGUCAAUGCUGAGCUGCGGAAGCAGAAUGCUGAUUUGAGCGACUCGGACGCUGGGGAGGAGGUGGAAGUGGAGGGAGCGGAGGACGAUUGGGCGGGCGACGAGAGGCCUGCGCCGGCUGUGGUGGACGAUGCCGAGGAGGAGUUUGUGGACGAGGACAAGUACACUACUGUGACAGUUGAACCGAUGGGCGAGGAUGGUGCAACAGUGGAGGACAAUGGUGAGGGUGAUAAGGCUGUUAAGAAGGACUACCGGAAUGCUGAGAAGAAAGGGACGAAGAAGAGACCCUGGAGCAAGGACGGCAAAGCUGCACCCAAGAAGAAGCACAAGUUCAGAUAUGAGAGCAAGGCAGAGCGGCAAGCGACCAGACAGAAGCAGAAAUCGAAGAAUCAUGCGGCGAAGCAACGUCGCAUGGGCGACUGA